UGGAUGGGAAAUCAAAAGACAAUUUAAAAAGCAGACUAGAUUUGGUGGAAAUGGGUAUUCGUCGAGAGCUUCAUCCUGAAUAUCUUUCCAAUGGAAAUACAAGACUACCACCGGCAUCCUUUUCCAUGUCCAAUGCUGAAAAAGAUCUCUUUUGUCAUGUACUGAGGAAUAUAAAAGUCCCAAAUGCAUACUCUUCAAAUAUUUCCAAAGCUGUGAAUGAGAAAGAACGAAAACUUCAAGGGUUAAAAUCUCAUGACUAUCAUAUAUUACUACAUGAUUUGCUUCCAAUUGCUUUGCGAUCAUCCAUGUCCAAACAAGUGACUCUUGCCAUUUCAGAACUUUCAAAUAUUUUCAAAAUCCUUUGUGGUAAGGUACUUAAUGUGGAAGCCAUUGACAAGCUUCAGGAUCGAGCAGCAAUAGCUUUAUGCCACUUAGAAAGGAUUUUUCCACCUUCAUUCUUCACUAUAAUGGUGCACCUAGUUAUACAUCUUCCAUUGGAGGCCAAGCUUGGCGGUCCUGUUUAUUACCGAUGGAUGUAUCCAAUCGAACGGUUUUUGCUUAAGUUAAAAAAUUAUGUCCGAAAUAAGAGAUUUCAGCAAGGGUCUAUUGCGUAA